AUGGUGUUCACAGGUAUUGUGCAAGGGCUGUGUCCUGUUGCCAGCUUCACGGAUAAGGAAGGUAUUAAAAGGCUGGUUAUGAAUCUGGGGGCGAAAGGCGAAGCUCUGAGCAGAAAUUUACAGACUGGUGCAAGUAUCUCACUCAACGGUGCGUGUAUGACUGUGGUGAAGUUCGAGGCCGAUUCGUCUGGGAAUAUGGAGGUUUCUUUCGAUAUUAUGCAGGAAUCACUAAACAAAACCAAUCUCGGGGCGUUAGCUGUUGGCGAUAAAGUCAAUGUUGAACGCGCUUUGAAGAUUGGAGAUGAGCUCGGGGGACAUCAAGUUUCUGGUCACGUUGACGUCAAAGCAAGGGUAGACAAAGUUAUCACCACGCCAAACAACAAGUCCAUUUACUUCGCUUUCGAACAACGGGAAGGAGAGGAGGAUUGGACCAAGUACAUUGUUGAUAAAGGGUACAUCACCGUGGACGGCGCGAGUUUGACUGUGGUGAAAGUGGGCAAGGCUUGCUUCUCCGUGUGUCUGAUACCCGAGACUUUGGCGCGCACUACACUGGGCUUCCGCGAAGAGGGCGAUUUCGUAAACAUCGAGGUAGACAAUGGGACCAAAGUGAUUGUCAACACCAUCGAACGACUGCUACCAAAGAUGCUCGGCGACUACACCAACGGCGGGGCUCCUGUGAACGGCCAGCAGUGA